CCUGAUAUAAAAUCUUGUGUGUUAGUUGUUGGUGGUAUCUGUGUACCAGCUGUUCAAAAUGUGCUUAAAAGGCUUGUUGGAGAAAAUAAAAUUGCACAAAAUCUUAAUGGAGAUGAAGCAGCUGUUUUAGGUGCUGGUUUUAGAGGUGCUGGAUUGAUUCAUCAGUUUAAAGUUAAAGAAAUAAACGUCACAGACAUUAAUGAAGAUGCUGAUCAUGAACAUCAUGCUUUUAGCACUGAUGAGCAAUGUUCAGAACUAUUAAAAAGAUUAUCUGAAACAUUGGAAUGGUUGUAUGGAGAAGGUGAAAAUGCAUUAAUUGAUGAAUUUCAUUCAUGUCUUGACAGUUUAAGGUAA